AUGUCUUCUUUAACUAGAUUACUCAAGGAGAAACAAGGUGAGCCAUCAAAUAUAGUCUCCACGGAUAAUAAUAAUGAUAAUAACAGCAACAAUAAUUUAAAAACUGGUUAUAAAUAUGUAUCUAAGGAUGACCCAAUCUUACAUACUACUUCAAGAACUUUAGAUAUUUCACAUGGUAUCAGAAAAACAAAUGUUCCUACAACUAGUGUUACUAUGGUGAGCCAAUUAGUCUUAGAAAAUGAACAGGAAGACAAGAGUAAAGACUCACACAAUGACAUCAACAGUGACUUACAAAGAUUGAGUAUUGGCGAGUUUAAUAGAGAUAUGGAUUCAACUGUUAUUACCACAAAGACGCUAGGUAAGCCCUCUUUUUCCAAUGAACCUACAAUGGACCAUGAGGUUAAACCUAAUAGUCAUCUAAUAAAUAAUUUACACCACCAUCCGAGUAUUUUAAAACAUUCCAGAAAUGAUCCUCAGAUUUCUCAAAGUUUUUUAACUGCAAAUUUUGCCCAUACUGCAUCCUUUGUUGGUACUAAUAGCUCCUUAAAAGAUAGAUUUGGUUCCUUCAUUGAUAAUUCUUAUAACACAAGUUCUUCUCUUAGAAGAAACAGUUUUAAAAAUUCAUGUAGUAACUUGAACCAGUCAAGACCCAUCCCUUCACUAUCUUCAAGUAUUCCAUAUUCUGUACCUAAUUCUAAUAAAGACACACAUUCUAAUGGCACAAAUAGUAAUGCAUCUUCAUAUACUUCGUCUUUUUUAGAAUCAUUUGCUGCCAAUUUGCCCAAUAAUGUUUCUGCCAUUGAUUCAAAUAUUAUAACUUCACCAAAAGUAGAUACUGUUGAACCAAGAUUUAUUAUAUCAAAACAAAAAUUUCAAAGAGCAGUAAUGGAUAAUAAUAACAAUACUAACACUCAAAGCUAUGAUAGUAGUUAUAAUAACAAUCAUCAUCAUAAUAAUCCUGGUACUGUUUCCCGUUCAAGUUCCUUUUCUUCAUCCUUAGGUAAUUUAUUUUUCUCUUCUAAAAACAAUCAUAACCAUAACCAUACUACUCAUUCAACUAGUCAUCUAUCUCAAACACAUGUUUUACAAACAUCAGCGUCAAACUAUUCAUCAUCUUCAUCAUCUACCUCUACUGCAUCUAUAAAUGUAUCCACUAAAAACGCUACUACAAACAUAGCUACGACAAAUCCAAACAAUGUUGCCACUACAGCUACAACCAAUGCAACAGCUAUACCUAAACCAUCCCGUGCUAAACAUAGUAAUAUUUAUUCGACAUCAAGACAACCGGCAAAUUCAUCAUAUACAGAAAAUUUAUAUGGGUCUCCAAAUUCUAUUCAUGAAAAUAUUCUAAAUAAUCAUAAUAAUACUUAUAAUACCAACAUUCCAAAUCAAAGUACGGUUAAAUCACAUCGUUCUUCCUCAAUGGCAAACUUUCGCGGCUUUUUUAAAAAAAAUAACUCUACUUCAAUGAAUAGUCCUCCAACAUCAACCUCUCAUCUAAAUCCCACAAAUAAUCAUAUGAAUGUGAAUACUGGUAUUAUACAUAAUAGUAAUAAUAAUACCUCUUCAAUAAAUUUUACACCUGGAUCAUUUGGCUCCAGUUAUUCUAAUGAUACUAUUUAUUCUACCACACAUGAUACAAGUUUACCAUUCUCUAAAAGGUAUAUUAGUACUGGGGAAGAUUUAGGUGCAGGUGCAGGCGGUUCUGUAAAACUUGUAAAAAGAGUAUCAGAUAAUAGAAUCUUUGCAGUGAAAGAAUUUAGAAAUAAAUUAGAGAAUGAAUCUAAACGUGAUUACGUUAAAAAAAUAACAUCUGAGUAUUGUAUUGGUACCACUUUACAUCAUCCAAAUAUCAUUGAAACCAUUGAAAUUGUUUAUGAAAACAAUCGAAUUUUACAAGUCAUGGAAUAUUGUGAAUAUGAUUUAUUUGCGAUUGUCAUGAGUAAUAAAAUGUCAUAUGAAGAAAUUUGCUGUUGUUUUAAGCAAAUCUUAACUGGAGUACAGUACUUACAUAGUAUUGGUUUAGCACACCGUGAUUUGAAAUUGGAUAAUUGCGUUAUUAACAGUAAAGGUAUUAUUAAACUAAUUGAUUUUGGUGCUGCUGUAGUAUUUUCAUAUCCUUUCUCUAAAACCCUAGUAGAAGCAAGUGGGAUUGUAGGGAGUGACCCAUAUUUAGCACCAGAGGUCUGUGUCUUUGCUAAAUAUGAUCCACGUCCUGUUGACAUAUGGUCCGCAGCAAUUAUAUUUUGUUGUAUGAUUCUAAAGAAAUUCCCAUGGAAAAUUCCUAAAUUAAGAGACAAUUCAUUUAAAUUAUUCUGUUCCGGCAGAAAUUGUGAUUCAUUGAGUGCUUUAAUGAUAAGAACUCCGGAACCUCCAUCGUAUGACACUUUAGAUCAUUCAAGUUAUGAGGGCUACAGUACUACUGGUAACAAUGGUGCACAAACACAUUCUGCACAUAAUGCAGCAGACCCAAGCAAUCCUAAUAUUGGUCCACAAAGGUUGCUUCAUUCCUUACCUGAAGAAGCUCAACAUAUUAUUGGUAGGAUGGUAGAUUUGGCGCCAGCUUGUAGAAGUAACAUAGAAGAAAUCAUGGAUGAUCCAUGGAUUAAGAGUAUUGAAAUGUGUCAUGUUGUAGAAGACAGGUUUGAUUUCAAAGUUGUCUCUGCUGAAGAUCAUACACAUACGCAGGUAGAUCAAAGUGAAGCCCAUAUAGCUGGCUUAGAAAAGAAAAAGAAAGAGAAACAAAGACACAAUGAGCAAGCAGAUUCAGAAGAAUAA